AUGUCCAAAACACUCAGCUCACAGCACAUCCCAGAAGACGCCUACUGUGAGGUCCACCUGGAGCCACCACAGCUGUUCUGUGAAGAUGACCAAGUCAUACUCUGCAGCAAGUGCUCCCAGUCUCAGGAGCACAAGCAUCACCUGGUAUACGGGAUACAAGAAGCUGCUGACAAUUACAGGAAUUCAUUCCAGGAAAUGUUAAACACAUUGAGAGAGAAACUUGAAGUAGCUAAAAGUGUAUUGGCUGAUGAGCAAGAAAGAAUGGUGAUGAUUCAGGAAGAGGAGCAGAAUUUUAAAAGGAUGAUUGAGUCUGAAUAUAGAACAAAGUUCCAUUUGCUGAGUGAAGAAAAUUACCGGAACUCUCUGAAGCUUGAAGAAUACAUGUGUGACUCACAUUUGAGAGAAGCCAGUGUGACUCUCCUGGCCAAGUUCGGCAUGGAGCUGGAGGAGAAGUCCCGAGAAAUGCUACAGAGACUGACUGUUCUGGGGAGAGAGAACAUGAACAAGCUGAAGGAGAGUGAAGCCCGGGUUUCGGAGCAGAUCUGCAGCAUCCAGAGCAUCAUCACGGAGCUCAGCGACAAGUGUGAGGAGCCUGCCUUCACAGUGCUCCAGAAUGCAAGACAUAUUUUGGAAAGGAGCAAGUCUCUCCUGCUUCAGUGUCUGGAGCCUGCUCAUAUCACAGAGAUGAGUUUGUGCCAUAUAAAAGGAAUGAGCAAAAUGCUAAGAGUGCUCCAAAGAAGCAUAACUUUGGAUCCUGAAGCGGCUCAUGCCUGCCUGGUUUUAUCAGAGGAUCGGAGAAGCAUGAGAUGCGGCAAUACCCAGCAGGCUGAGGCUGGCCACCCGGAGAGAUUUGAUUUUGGUGCCACGGUAUUAGGUGUGGAAUGCUUCACCUCUGGGCAGCACUACUGGGAGGUAGAUGUGAGGAAGGCCACCAAGUGGCAGUUGGGUGUAUGCAGGGAUUCAGCGCAGAGGAAAGACAGCAGGCCCGGCAGCCCUGGGGAGAGAGUCUUACUCAUGGGAGCCAAGAUGGGGGCCGAGUACACCUUCUGGGUCUUCCCACCUUUAAAAAAAGUCCCCCUAAAAAAGCAAAUACUGCAAGUUGGGGUUUUUCUAGACUAUAAAUAUGGGCAGGUAUCCUUCUAUGAUGCAAUGGAAGGAUCCCUCAUUUAUAACUUCUCUUGUCUUCCCUUCCAAGGAGCUCUUAAGCCUGUAUUUUCUCUUUGUAUCCCAAAUGGAAGCACUGAUUCAGACAGUCUCACUGUUUGCCCUCCUCGUGUUCUUUCUUGAAAUGCUACUGUGAACCCUUAACCUUCCAUUAUGGGUUAACCCAACACUGCAAGAAACCAGAAGGCUAAGAACAAGGCUUUGUGAAAUAAUGUAUAUAAAGUUAUUCAAUAAAAGACUGGCUUGAA